ACUUACCAUAUAUAUGUAACUCUGGCCAUGGUAUUUGGUCAAAUAUGGUCAAUAGUCCAACUUGGCCCUCAAUUAAAUGGCCAUACAUUAAAUUUUCAAAUAUGAUUAGGAUUGGUGAAAAAAGGUUGCUUAGUGGUAACAAUAUUGGUGAAUAUUGGAUUUAUUUAAUAAAUCAAGGACAAUAACUCUCAACCUUUGGUCAGAUUUUGGCCUGCAUGUGGAUGCAUGGUGGUUACAAGUUAAUUGCGGACACCUUGCAACUUUGAUCACUUUGUGGUAAGGUGAGCUAAAAAUGAGUGACAUUGAAGGAUUGAAUGAAGUUAACUUUUUGAUACAGUGUAAUUCAAAGGUAAUUCAAACAGCACACCUCAUGCUUUGUCAUGUGAUGAUUUCUAUUUACAGGUGUGGUAUGUGAACAUAGACUUAUGUUCAAGGUUGACAGUUUCACGUGACGAAGGGGAUAUUUUAGUACAGUGUGCACUUGGGUGGAAUCUAGCAUGGGUACAGAGUGGACCACAACAUGCAGCCUUGAAGGACUCAGUUCCGUUCUACAGAUACUAGAUAAAUAUCUGACAUCUUCGAAAUGGGACUUAAAAACCUUUUGAGAAUACUCAUAAUUCUUUUUGAAGGAUGGUUGGAGAUCUAUGGAACAAAUGUAAACCAGUUCAAUAUGGAGGCAUCGUACUGCAACAUGGGAGAGAAUAUCACAGGAAAGGAAGGGGCAGCAUUACCCGGGUACAGUCUGCUCCAGGCCCAUGUGUUCAUGAGCCCCGGCCUGACAGACAUGAGGGGACAUUUUGGAAAGCAAGGGCAGAGGUUACCUCCACUACUCUGUGACCUUGACCCCAGCUCACACAAUGUUUUGUCAUGGAUACAGGAGCAACUGAAAAUCUCCAUUAGGGCUCAUGUUCAGCAUGGCAGAAGCCACCCAGAGUUUCAAAAGUACAUCCCAAAUUUCAACUUGAACUGCAGUACUCAGGACCUGUCAAUGGUUGGAUUUGAACAGUUGGCAGGAAUUGGUCAACACCUGAGAAGGGCCUACUUAGAUAGAAUAGCCCAUAAGGCGCUGAAAGCCUGGCACUCCUCAGUGUAUUUAGAGAGUGUGAUAUCCAGGCCGGCGUUCCACAGUGUCCUAGGGCUGGUCCAAGGACUGCUGCCCAUGCAGCAGACACACAAACUCAAGAUCCGCACAGCUACAUACAACUUCUGCAACACACAUGAGAUGAACCUCUCAACGUGUGUCUGUGAGGAACUGUUUCAAACAGCCCCGUUCAUAUCACAGGCAUUAAACACUGGCAGGUAUGCCUUUAAACAUUCUUCACCUGACAAGGGAGCAAUAGAAUCUUUUUACAAUAUUUCCCUACAGACUGAAGUAUCCACUUUACAGCUGGUGAAACUCAUCUUGCAAUACAAAUGUGCAAAUGUAUCAGUGAACUGUGAUAGUUCUAUUUGCUCAAUAUUUAAGGAAAAUAAUAUUGGUGUUGUUCUUAACCUGGCAAAACAACACACAGAACGUUUUUUAGAGAACCCAAUCUAUCCAAAUGUUGCCAAGCUGAGUACAUAUCCCUACCUCCAGAGAAUGGUUUCCAGGGCUUCCAGGAUACAGAAUCAGUCUAUGUUUGUAACCAUGGGCAACCAGCACUUCCUGCACUACCUCGUAACCAGUCUUGGGGUCCACUCACACAGCAUACUGCCCCUGGCUUCCAGGUUGGUAAUAGAAAUUUACAAGAAGAAUGAUGGGAAGCUAUUAGGAAGUCCGCUGUUCUUUAAGGUGCUAAUGAACGGGAAGGAUGUGACCCCUGACAUCCCAGAGUGCCUGCCACACCACCGCCAGACCUCCCUCUGUAGCCUUCAUAUUCUUGUCUCCAUGGUGACACACACCAGGGAACAUUAUCUCGCACGUUGUAGUAGAUAGCAAAUUAGCUCCACACCCCGGACAUCCAAUAGUGCCUGCCACACCACUGCUGUACCUCCUUCUGUAGCCUUCAUAUCCUAGUCUCAAUGGUGACAAAUACAAGGGGACAUUAUCUCGCACGUUGCGGUAGAUAGCUCCAGGACAGACAUCCCAGAGUGCCUGCCACACCAGCCCUCAUAUCCUUGUCUCCAUGGUGACACACACCAGGGGACAUUAUCUCGCACAUUGUAGUAGAUAGCUCCACACCCCGGACAUCCAAUAGUGCCUGCACACCACUGCUGUACCUCCUUCUGUAGCCUUCAUAUCCUAGUCUCGAUGGUGACAAAUACCAGGGGAAAUUAUCUCGCACAUUGCAGUAGAUAGCUCCAGGACAGACAUCCCAGAGUGCCCAAUUUUUAAUAAAAUGUUUUACUAUUUGAUAUCAUAAUUGAAAAAAAAUAAAAAAAAUGUAAAAACAAAUCAGGUCGGAGACCAGGUUUGAACUGGUGUCGUCAAAAUUGCAGUCCAGUGUUGUAUCCACUGUGCUACGAAGGCUUACCCUAAAUGGUUGGAAUAUUUAAGCUAUAUACCUAACUUGGUAAUAUCACAUGAUAACAUCAACUAGCCAAUCACGCAUAAGGAAAAACUACUACUAGGUAGACAUACCUAGUAAUCAGGGCUUCUAAAAACCGGCAAUUUUCCGGUCUGGACCGAUUUUGACCAAGCCAGACCAAUUUCAGUUUCAAAAAGUGUUGAAAAAAUCAGUCUGAAAUGUUCUCAUUUUUUUUAUAAUUUCGGUCCUAAACGAUUAAGUCAGUAAAAACUGUAGAAAUUUUACUACACAAUCAUUCUUGGGUCAUUCAAAAUUACCACUAAUAAAAGUGUCCUAGUUACGGUACCAUCAGACAGAUGCGACCAGCUGCUUUUUCCGCUAUGCUGAACACUCGAUAUCUGUUAAUUAACAAAUAAUGAGCUUGCAGCUAUCCUGAUUAGGUGUAAAUUGUUAAUCCGGGAAAGCAUUAAAAUUCCGAAUUAAUUAACCUAGUCCUAUAGGAUACCAACAGCGACACCCCUGAUUAAAUACAGAGUCUGAAAGCUGAGAACGCUGCUAGCGUCAUUUUAAUACACUGUAAUGAAAAAUUCACUGCGAUAUCAAACUUAAAGCUAGAAGUACCGAUAAUAAACCUAGAUAUACAUGAUUAUUGAAGAUUAUUACUUGAAUGUUGACCCACUGUAAUAGCAUUAAGCAAAUAAAUCAUAAUACUGUUUCACUUUUUGUCGUCUGACCGCUUCACAUCGGCCGCAGUUAAUUACAUUUGCAGCCC